CUCUUACGUGAGACGUCUACUGUCUUAUUUUGCAAGUUUAAAUUUAACUUUCUUCGUCGUUUUAACAGAAUAUACAUAUUCAUUUAUAUACAAUUUAAUAAAACAUCACUAAAGAGCACCUGUGAAAAAGUUUUUGAAUUUACGUUCUUUGUUUAAAUUUAGUGAAAAUUUACGCGACGUUGCCGCUCCGUCUACUGCGACUAGCUAGUUUUCUACGUCGAAUAAAAUUUUGUUGAAAGUUUUUUUUGCAUAAUAUCAUUUAAAAAUCAAAACCGUGCAUCAUUUUUAUCUUGUAUAAAUUCGAGUAAUGCUUCAGUGCCUUGAAAUGUGUGAAUUUGAACGUUGCGAAGUUUCUGACGCAAUAUCAAUCUGGCAACAGCGCGCGGAGUCUGACUGAAAACAAGUUUUAAAUGUAUUAAAGAACUCGGAUUUGAUCCGUGAUCACUACACUAAUUCUCAGCUUAUGAGGUACUAGGGCCUUCGCGCCCGGUCCUCAAGUCGUCGGGUCGUCGAGCAGAGGGGGGAUCGGCACGGGCAUAUACAACGACAUUAGCCGCUGCUUGCUCUGCGCACGCUUAGGUGCCGAUUCACCCGCCGCUCGCGCCAACCGUCCCGAUCAUGUUGAGAGCGGGCGCGAGGCACCCGGAUGCUGCUGAGUGUCGUUCGCCGGUCGCGUCCACGUCACGUGACGACGUCGACUCGGCCCAGCAACUGUACGCUACGCUGAACGAGUACCUGCUCCUCGAGCAAAAGUCUCAGCCGAAACUGCGCUUGCCCGCGGAGUCUGAGAGUGGCGAAGUGACGACCGGCGCUCGGGAUGGCGCAGCGCACGUGUUGCGCUGUCUCAAAGUCUGGUUCGAUCUGCCCGCGGACGUGCUCAUCGGGGCCAUCAAUCUGUUCGACAGGUUUCUGACCAAGAUGAAGGUGAGGCCGUGUCAUGUGCCGUGCAUUACUGUCUCCUGCAUGAACAUAUCCAUAGACGAGUAUGCGGCUAGGACCAACAUAAAAAGGACAGUGUCAAUAGAGGAGCUGGUGUCUAUCUCACAAUCGGCCUGCACCGCUGGCGACGUGUCCAGGAUGUCUCGAGUCAUUCAGGACAAGCUGGGAUUGGCACGAGGAACUGUCAGCGUGACGGCUCUGCACUGGCUCAGACUGUAUCGGAAGCUGUUGCUGAUGCAUGCUGACGCCGGAGACGUACUGGCGCAGGAAAGCGAGCUGGUAAAUCUACUGGAAAUAGCCGUGUGCGACGCUACCUGCGCCAACGCUCGGACCAGCGAACUGGCACUAGUCUUACUCUUCCAUAAACUAGAAAAACAACUCGUCGAAUGGUCUGAAAAAGGAAUGACUGUCCCGGAAAAGGUUUUCUACAUGUAUGACUUUGCCAGGCAACUGCAAAUUCAUUGUCAUAUGUCGGACGCUUCCCUGAGCGGCGUCGGCGGCGCCGUGCGCGGCGUGGUGCAGCGCUACGAGUCGCGCAGCGCGCAGCCGCUCCGGCAGCGACUCGUCUGGAGACUCUCCGAGAGAACCCUCAAGGUGCUCCGUCCUACCGAUCGCCUCACGUCACUGCUGCCCACCAUUGAGGAACAGCACUUCGCUGUCGAGGCGACGCCCACAAGAACCAGAUCUGGAAGCGAAAGUAGUGUAAGCGAAGAGACAUCAGAUUGGCCCAGAAGUCCGUUGCUGCCGGUUUAUUGUGACAAUUGAACGAUAACAACCGCUUUGAAUAUGGUGGACUGGUGAGUUCAUCUCGAGCCCGCAAGUCCAAGGCAAUCGCAGCAGUAACAUCAGACGUCCCAGAUACCAUCGAUAAACGAGAGAAACUAAAGCAUUGGUGUACUGAAAAAUUGUUGUAUUUCAGUUGAUUUUCAAUGACAGUUUUUUAGUGUUGCCAGUGUAGUGAUAGUGGUGUAGCGUACAUACGAACGGCUAGUUUUGUCGGUCUGGAUCGAGUGGAAUUUACAAUACACAAGCAACAUUAAUUAUUACUAGUUUAUGGCUUUAGUGCCUUAAUCUGUGACAGUCUAUGGAACUGUGUUCGAAGUCUACAAAUGUAGUCUAUACUGUGCUGGGUGUGAUUGAAUUAUUCCCUUAAAACAUGCAAGCGUACUUAAUGUUUUUCUUACAAUAGUGGCAGAGUUACAGCCAAACUUAAAUGGGUCAAUUGUAUGAACGCCAAGUAUGUAAGGUACUUUUAUAUGGAGUAAUAUUAGUUUCGCUGUCAAAAAAAUUUGAGCUUUUUAUCCUUGUCUCAAAUUAUUACUGUCUGGCAUAAUGUAUGGCAAUAUUAGAUGCGCGGAUUUUGUUAUCUCUGAAUAUAAAAAUCAAGGCUGAAUGAAUAUUUAACCCUGCAACUGAAGAAGAUUUUAAGGCACUGAAGUAAUUAUGUCGAUUUAGUAGUUAUUAAAGGCGCCGAAAUAUCUAGUAGACUCUGGGAAAGACGAAUCGUAUUUCUAAGAUUCCUAUGAGACUAAAACAUACAUUAACAAACAAUAGAAGGCAAUGGAGGCGCCUUAGUAACAGAAAUCGACAUAAUUACUUCAGUGCGCCGCGUAGGGCACCGGUGACCUACACGACAGUCAAAGGGCCAAUGCAAUUUUUCUCAUGCAUAAUAUGCGAAGUUUUUUUGACUUCGAAAUAAUUAAUUUUUUUACACACGGAAUGUCAUUGAUAUAGGCAUAUAUUAAAGGCAUUAAUAAAAGCGAUCGAUUAUGAAAUCAAACUUUUAAAAAAAGUUCCCAUGACUAAAUAAAUAAAAAAAAAUUUUAAAAAGAAUAAAAUUUACCACCUAAUUCGUAAAUGGCUUCGACCAAAAUCUGGAACGCAUUUGAGAUUUGAAAUUAGAAAAUGAAAUCAAAAUUUAUUUACUUUUUUUUUGAUGCAAAGUUUCAAUCGAAUUUCAUUCGGGUGUAAAUGAGAUUCGCGCAUCUAUAAAUAAUUUCUCUUUUAAAUUUGACCAGCAAAUCCGGACCUUCCAAAAACAAUGAAAGGUCAAGGGAAAAUUUCAAACAUGAAGGGUCAUAAUAAUAAAACCGCGUCCGAACAUUUAAAAUGAUAAAUUUUAUAAUAAAAUUCUAAAUUUGAGAUUACGUUUUCAAACGUAAACGUAAUACUUAUUCGUACAAUUCGAAAUUCAAUUUCUUUCCAAAAUUUCUCCCUUUUUUGUAAAUUAAAAAUGGAACGAAACAUUUUAAUUAUUACGAUCACAUUCGAAUAAAUUGGAACUUUAUUUUAGAAUAUUAGAAAAAAACUGGUGCAAUUCUAAAUUGUUUUCUUUUUUGCUUUCAAAAAGUUUUUAGACUUUAUUUAAGUUUCUCGGCAGCGUAUUCCCGUCGUCAUACAGCCCAGUUAUGUCAAGUAGCUUUAUUUAUUUAUAACUUUUUCUAUUUUCAAAUAGGCGUUUUUCGACCAGCAAGACUUAAGACCGAAUGAGCUAUCUCGUUAGAGGUUUUGAUAGUCAAAAGCGUCUAAUGUUUAAUAUUUUAAUUAAAAAUGGGCGGGAAAACGUUUCUUGGAAGCAUUUAAUUUCUCUUCUGUGAUGAAUUUUAAUUAAAAUAGUUGUAUGAAGAUUCCAGGUUUUUUUUUAAAUACUGCUUAGAUUUAAUGUGUGUGUGUGCGUAAAAAAAAUUGGUUCUAAAAGCUGUUGCAAAUGUUUAUGUAAUGAAAUUUUCAAGAUUUUAAUGAAUGAGUUUUAGUGUAUGUAGUAACAUAGCGUUUCUGUAUUAAUUUUUAAGGAAUCAAUUGUUUUUUUUUUAGUUUCUUUAUUUUGCUGUCAUUAAUUUUUAAAAGCGCGAACGUCAAAUGAAAAGGGAAUACCACCGAAAUUAUUUUUGAAAAUAUUUUUUUAGUUUUUUUAAGUAUAUUUCGGUUUGUUCUUAGUAUUAUUUUUAAUGUUUUGGUGCCACGUGCGUGUUGGGUUCGUUCGCCUUUUUGGAAUCUGUGACGGAAAACUCGUGAGUAUGGCAGAACUGAAAAAGCAUCUUAUGACUAACUCUAGGUGGGAGUUUAAAAAAAAAAAAAACAAAAAAC